UGCAAGAUGUACAGACAGAACUGAUUCCUAUUGUACUUAGUAUUUUUACUUCCAUGGAUAAACUAUAAUGAUGUUUAAACUGUCAUCUAAAGACUUUCGCUUGCCUGAUGGCAGGGAUUGUCCUUUUAGCCAAAAUAAAAGCCAGUAAAAGCUAUUGUAGCCCAUAAAAAUAAUACACGACACGUUAUAUUUCCUGUGCGAACUACCAAAGCCGGCGGCCAAUCUGAUUUUAUUUCAAUUACUGUACUUAAAGUGAUUGCUGUGCGUUUACAGUAUUUAAAAACUAAUUGAUAACAAAACGAGUUACUUAAUAACUAGUGAAGUUUUACACAAACAAUCAACAGAUAUGUCAGUUAAAAAGAAGAACCUGGAUGUUUAUUUGGAGGAGGUUCAUAAGCAGUUUAUUGCCAUCAAAGAUGAUGACUUCAGUAGAGCACAGGAGGUGUUUAAAAGUGUUUUUGAACAAAUCAAACAGAAGAUGGGCGAAAAAUGCAACUACUUUAAAAAAUACAGUAGCGAGGUUAUGUAUGGUGGUAGCGUAUAUGAUGGAACCAAGACAAGCAAAAUGGAUGAGUUUGAUAUGGACAUAGUGAUCCGGCUGCCUAUCAACUACGACGAUAUUAUAAUGGAGUGCGGUCAGCCCGGCUUUGUGCGGCUGAAGAUAGGCAGCGCGUUUGACAACCUCGACAAACAACAGGAGUGGGAGCAAUGCCACAAAGUGACCAGAGAAUGGCGGGAUACUGACAAGUAUCUAUUGCAGAAUAAAUUUCGGAGUUGGAUGCAUGGGAUAGUUCAAAAGGCCCUGAACGAGAUGAAUGACUGUGCAAACGUCAAUGGUACCACAUACCUUAUGAAAUACAAGGAGACAGGACCUGCAUACACUCUGUAUAUAAGAAAUGUUGAGAAUGAUGAGGAAUUCAAAUUAGAUGUAGACUUGGUGCCCGUCAUCAGGUUUAUGCUUCCGAGAUGGCCUAAGGGCUACAGGACAACGAAUAAGGUAAGGCCGUCGUGUCGCGAGUGGCUGGUGGUGCCGAAGCCCAACAAGGCGGUGAGCGGCGCCGACCGCUCCCGCUGCUGGAGACUCUCCUUCCAGAAACACGAGCGCGACAUCCUCAAGGACUUCCAUCACCUCAAGAAGGUCCUUAGAUUGAUGAAGAAGCUACGCACAGCCCUCAAGAUGAAGGCCAUCGCCAGCUACUACAUUAAGACAUUAUUCCUUUGGAAAGUGGAUAAAGAGGAUAAGCAGUUCUGGCAGAACAGUGUAAGCUUCCUCUUCGGGAUCAUGCUGCAGGAAUUUCACGACGCCCUCAAACAGAACAACAUACCCUACUUCUGGAACUCCAAGAACAAUCUCAUUGAGAGCCUGAAACCCGCUCAGCAGAAACUCUACACGGAAAACUUGAAGAAGGUUCUGGACAGCAUCCAAGCUAAUGAUGUCGACAAAAUUAUAUUCGCCUUUCUCGAACCUGAUGAGAUCGAGCAGUUCAAGAUCUCCGAAAUAUACCAGCGUUGUAGCAUGUCUCCAGCGGCCGCUGCAUGCAAACCUUCCAGAAGUUCCUCGAUCACCUCCAGCACGAGUAGCCAGGAGCAAGGUAACUCACAAAACUCUCAGAUGGAUGACAGACAAACUGUUUUACUGAAAUCUAUAGUGGACAAACUAGACUUACUGACGCAGAAGUUGGAGCUGCAAGAGCAGAGGAUCAUUAAACUGGAGACGGCUUACGAACUGUCAAGAAAAGGUUCUCAAAAAACCAAAUUGGAGGAAACUGCACAAGUUCCUGACAACAUGAGAAAUGUAAAUGCUGCCCCACAAUUUGACUCUGAUGCUCUUAUUUUGUUUUAGCUGUGCGACACGAAAUUAAUUAAAACAGACUAAGCACAGAUAAUACUAUACUAGUAUAAGAAUAUAAUCAUCUACGUUUAGGAUUACCUUUUAGUGCCAUUCAAAAGUAUUUAAAAUAAAGUUUUAAUGAAAUUACCAAAAACUAGAUAUAAAGUUCAGACCAUUCUUACAAAGUGAGAUACCAGUGAGUGUGGAAUUUUUAAAAUUUCCGUAAUUAACAUUGAGAUAUCAAGAAAACCAACUGAAAUUUCAAAUUCUGACAGCUUUUUAAAUCACACAUCUAAAUUCAAAGCAACAAGCUGAGAACUUUAAAGUCUAAUUUGUUAUUUUGAUACUGUUUAAGUUUUUAUCAUGAAAUUGCUGCAGAAUAUUUUAGGACCACCUUUCAACCAUUUCCACAUUUAAUUACUAUUAAAAACUGACUUGACAUGAUGAGAAAAUAACAAUGAAUAUUGGCUGAGAAUUUGGGUAACCAUGGCAACAUCGAUUCUUUGCUGCUUUUGGCUUGUAGUUUUUAUCUCUUUUCGACCGACUUCUCAAAAGAAGGAGGUACUCAAUUCGUCUGUAUGUUUUUUUUUUCGCUGAGCGAUUUUUCCAAUGUAUCGACCCUAAGUUAUGUAUGUAUACCUUAUAAAGGUUUUUUUUUACAUUUAUUCGUAAGACUGCAAAUUAAUCUUAUCUAUUUAUAGUCUAAAUUUAAUUAUAAAAUACGCAAAUUUUAAUGAUCCUAUAAUAAUAGGCAAGUUUUUAUUGUAAUGUAUUUUCUAUCUUAUUAUUAAUGUGAUUAUUUUGAUGUUUUAUAUUUUUUAAUUAAAGAGACUAAUAAAAUCAUUAUUGUUUUUAAUUUUUUGUUUUAAAUUUUGCACGCGUAGACGCAAUAGGUUCAUUGCCCUCUAGAUCCUAAAGCUGAAAGUAUCAAGAAAGUAUGCGCAGGGUCAAGAUGACUAUGUCUUAUCACUUUUGACAUGUUUGCAUUCUCGUCCGAAGAAGUUUUGUAUGAAUUCCACAAAGAAUAGAAUUCCAAUGACAUUUGGCCGUCAGUCUUCUCGGGGUGUCACAGAUUUACAUUAUUUGAUUUUAAAUGUAUUAAAUAUGAAAUACUUUGAACAAUCACCAUUACAUAUCAUGGAUUUCCCCUCAAAGUAAAGAGUAGAUGGCAGACCGCGACAAUCCAGCAGUGCCGUUCGCGGCUGGCUUCGUGCUGGGCGCCUUGAUAACUGUGCUCGGCUACAAGUUUUUCUCCAGUUGCCCGCCUGGACAGACGCAUCAGGUCGCCGCCCAGGUCAAGUGCACAUGCAAGAAGGGUAGUAAGGAAGAGUGCAAGAUGCAUUGUGUACGCGGUGACCACAAAUGUUCCUGAACUCCAUGACAUGCACGCAGUAAAGAAAUAAUCCGUCUGAGUUUUGUCAAAAUUCUGUCACUCAUCUGUGACACUUAACAACCUCUGUCAAUUUAAAUUGCAUUUGUAAAAAACGUUUUAUUAAAUUUUUGUAAAGAAUAAUGGGUAAUACAUGAAUAAUGGCCAAAGACAUAAAUUUCAAUAACUUUAUAAACUAAACUCAACUGUUCCACGAUGUGCGAUUGUGCCGAGGAACAACAGAGGCAGGCGGAGAAACGCGCGGAACAGAGCGGGUCGCGGACGCGCCUCGUUGGGUCCGGGGGCGAGGGCGCGGCGCGCUACGCGGAGGAGCGCGCCGGCUGCCGGCUGUUCACGUGCGGGCUGUGGGCGGGCGGCGCGGCCGGCGCCGGCGGCUGGCUGCCCUACGCCGGCUCCGCGAUGCUCCUCGCGCUCAUGGUCUACAUGCUGCGCAACGUGCGCAAACAUGUCAACUUAUCUAACUUGCCUAACUUGCCGAAAUUGCCUAAAAUGGGCAAUUUGUUUGGAGGCUCUACAACAGGAUCCGGGGCGAAGGAAAACUAUAAAUGCGAAUAUUAUAAAUAAGGCUACCGAUGCAAAAAUUGUCGCUUCACAUUCAGAUUGUUUUUUGAACUUUAAGAUUUUAAAAAUAUAAUUAGCCAUUUAUAUGUUAAAAUUUCUUAUUAUUUUUCUAUUGAUUUAAAAACCAAAACUUUUUCUUACAAUUAGACAUUUCAUUUAGCGCGGUCGUGAGUGCGUAUUGCCGCUGUGUAAAGGGGUGACUACUCAAUAAAACAUUUGUUGUUUCAUAA